AUGUUCGGGAAACCAGACAAAAUGGACGUCCGGUGCCACUCGGACACCGAGGCCGCCCGGGUGUCCAAGAACGCGCACAAGGAGAGCCGGGAGCUGAAGGGCGCGGACGCGAGCCUCCCGGCCGCCUUCCUCAAGGAGCCGCAGGGCGCCUUUCCGGCGUCUGGCGCGGCUGAAGAUUGUAACAAAAGUAAAUCCAAUUCGGCCGCCGACCCGGAUUACUGCCGCCGGAUCCUGGUCCGAGAUGCUAAGGGGUCCAUCCGAGAGAUCAUCCUGCCUAAGGGUUUGGACCUGGACCGGCCCAAGAGGACUCGCACGUCCUUCACUGCGGAGCAGCUGUACCGGCUGGAGAUGGAGUUCCAGCGCUGCCAAUACGUGGUGGGCCGGGAGCGGACCGAGCUCGCCCGGCAGCUCAACCUCUCCGAGACCCAGGUGAAGGUCUGGUUCCAGAAUCGCCGCACCAAGCAGAAGAAGGACCAGGGCAAGGACUCGGAGCUGCGCUCGGUGGUGUCGGAGACGGCGGCCACGUGCAGCGUCCUGCGGCUGCUGGAGCAGGGUCGCCUGCUGUCGCCGCCCGGGCUGCCCGCGCUGCUGCCGCCCUGCGCCACGGCGGCGCCCGCGGCCCACGGCCUCUUCAGCCUGCCGGUGCCCUCCCUGCUCGGCUCCGUCGCCAGCCGCCUGUCCUCCGCCCCGUUGACAAUGGCCGGUUCGCUAGCGGGAAAUUUGCAAGAACUCUCAGCCCGGUACCUGAGCUCCUCGGCCUUCGAGCCUUACUCCCGGACCAACAAUAAAGAAGGGGCCGAGAAAAAAGCGCUGGACUGA